GAAGCCUAUCCCAAGGUCUGUGGUCUCAUCUGUAAUUGGACAAUAAGGUUCACCUGUGUCAAGUCAGUGUGAAGUCAAUCAGUAUGUUAGUUUGAACUGCUUUGGAUGAAUGUGUCCAUUGCAGAGGUAGUGUUGGUUCAUUAUGCAUAAAUGUCUAAAACAUAUAUUUGGAGUGGGAUGAGCUCUUGCUAUUUUAAGUAAAUCUCCACUGGAUACUUUACAACAUUUCUUGUCCGUGAUUUACUUACAGAUCGCACCGGAUGUUUACAGUCUGCAAAUCAGCCCUGUAGAUGCAGAAUUGAUACAUUAAAUCCGUUAGGGCCUAUUGCUCUGACAAUUGCUGCAGAUCAAGUCUAAAAAGAUGUAUUCCUUACUACAGCCAAUAAUCAUAUUACUUCAGCUAGAUCAGACUUUUUUUUGUAUUACUUCAUCUACUCCACUACAUGAAAUUGCACUACUGAAAUGUUGGAGAAGCUACGACAGUACGACUGAUGAGCGUAGGUGGGAUUGAGAGAACUGCGGUAAUAGAAUAAAGCGUGUGAGUGCGCGCAAGCGCAAUGGGACUGGGUUUGGUCCGAUGAUGCUGAGCCUGACAUCACAAGGCAAAGAUGCGCUUGUAUCAAGUCCAAGCAGUCUUUUACUCACUUACUUGAAGUGCGAAGUAAGAGGAGUUCGGAAGCUGUCGCCACUGUCACAGUGACUAAAAAUGUCGUAAUGAUAAAAUGGAAAUGAAGAACGCUUACUACACAGAUGACACAGCCCACCCCCAUGCACGGAACAAAUAAUUUAAAUUUCUAUGGACUAUAACUUCUUCAACAGUUGUGGAAUGUAUUCAGUCAAAAGCAGGUAAAACUGAAGAUGCUAUAAAGUAUUGUAACAGUUUGGCACUCGUGAUUGCAAGGACCGACAAGUUCAAGCCUCGGUGCACAAGGAUUCCAAACUUCAGGGAACAGCGAUAGCGCGAUCGCUAAUUUAACUCAUGUUUUUGUUUCACCGCUAUUUUCACAGUAUUUGUAACAGUUGCAAACAAUCUCCAGGUGACUGCGAAUGUUGAUGUUGAUUAUUUAUUGAUUUAGAUUAUUUGGAAAUCAUUCAAUGCUUGAUAUUGACGUUCCCACCACUAUUUGGGGACUGUUUAAAGUGAUUGAUAAAAAUGCAUUAAUGCAAAAUCUGGCAACACCAUAACAGCUACAUUAAAUUGUAUUCAUGACGGUUUUUUUUAGCAUUUUUUAUUCGAAUACUGAAUCUGUUGUUCACAUUAUCAUAAGUGGAUAAUGUCAUUGUUUGUCUUCAGCAGUUCCUGUCUUCAAUUAUCUCUGACUAAAAAUGGAAUUUUCCUUAAAGGACUGAGCUAGCACAUACUUGCAGUUUUAACCAGAGUGCAGACUAAAUCAAGCCUUGUCUUGGUGCAAAAUUGACUUCAUCGAUGAAUUCUACCAUGGAGGCAGCUCCGGAUGCUAUCCAUCCACUUGGAGGUGGCACUAAUAGCAGCCAGCAGCCUUACUCUCCGGAGGCCACUGCAGCCAUUGCCACCGCCAUCACGCUCAUGAUGCUCUUCACCAUCUUUGGAAACAUCCUGGUCAUUAUUGCGGUUCUUACCAGCCGCUCCCUACGCGGGCCUCAGAACCUUUUCCUGGUCUCCCUGGCAGCGGCCGACAUCCUGGUGGCCACCCUCAUUAUUCCCUUCUCACUGGCCAAUGAGCUGAUGGGUUACUGGUACUUCCGUGCCAUGUGGUGCGAAAUCUACCUGGCCCUGGAUGUGUUCUUCUGCACCUCGUCCAUCGUGCACCUGUGCGCCAUCAGCCUGGACCGCUACCUGUCCAUCUCGCGGCCCGUCAGCUACACGCCUCAGAGGACGACGGGCCGCAUCAAGGCGGCCAUCGUGGUGGUGUGGCUGAUUGCGGCGGUCAUCUCCUUCCCGCCGCUGCUCUCCAUGAACAAGAGCCAGGUGGGCGAACAGGGCGGCCCCCACUGCAGGCUGAACGACGACACCUGGUACAUCCUCUACUCCACCAUUGGCUCCUUCUUUGCGCCCUGCCUCAUCAUGAUCCUGGUCUACGUGCGCAUCUACCAGAUCGCCAAGCAACACACACGCUGUCCUCCGGGAGAGCCCAGGAAAGACGCGGGAGCCACCUCUCCUCAGCGAGGAAUCAGCAAAGCGCAGCGCAAUGGAGCGGACCCUGGGGGCUCGGCCAAGACAGAGAGCGCAUCCAGACCUCCAACCCUCAAUGUGCCAUCCUCUUCCUCCUCUCCAGCCCAGGGAGAGGCUCCAGCCACCAGCCAGAGAAAACAGCUCCCCAUGCCUCCCUCAGCCCCUGCUCUGACAUCCAACACUGGAUCUUCUGUCUCCUCAUCUGCCACCUCAGAAACACAGUCAAACAUCGGCCCAAAGCCCCCCCAGGUGGAUCAGCAGCAAUACGGCAGCCCAGAGAAGCAAGGUGACGCGUCCGAUGAUGACAGCUCCAGCCCAGAGUCUGAGAAGGACACGCCUGCCAGAGGGAGUACCGCUACCAGAACUCUGGCACAGAAAUGUAGAGGAUUAGUGAUCACCUCUAAAGGGACACAGUUAGCCUCACUCAAACUCAAACCCAAACCAGUGGGAACUCCAAACACGGCGCGACGCAAGGCUAUGGUCAACCGUGAGAAGCGUUUCACGUUCGUGCUGGCUGUAGUGAUUGGUGUUUUUGUCAUUUGCUGGUUCCCGUUCUUCUUCUCUUACAGUCUGAUAGCCAUCUGUCCAAAAACCUGCACCUUGCCUGAACCACUGUUUAAUUUCUUCUUCUGGAUUGGUUACUGCAACAGUUCCCUCAAUCCCCUCAUUUACACCAUAUUCAACCAGGAUUUCCGUAAGGCCUUCAAGAAGAUACUUUGCAAGAACACAAAAGAUUCAUUUUUUUGAAAUGGAAAUAUCUGAUCUGUCCCAUAAAAAAAUCUAAACUCUUAAUUUCUUUCCUUUUUGAAUACUAUGAGUGAUCCAACUAUUCAAUCCAACAUCCAUAGGAAAGCUUUCUAAUGGAUCACAAUAGAUUUUUUUCUGCAUGAUUUUUCUGCGCUGGUCUUUAAGGCAAACGCAGUAAUGAGCAUGAAGAAUUCUCAAGAGCGCAAUCUCUUUGAAGCAUUUCUUUUUCUCUAUCCCUGGGGAUGUUUUAGUCAGUGUGUCUCUGAUCUGAGAGCCACUUUGAGAGACAGUGUCAACCCUGUGAUUGAACAUGGCAAAGGUGGAUGUGGGAAUAAUUCACUCAACUGGUCCCUUACUGCUCUUGCUUUCUCUUAGGAAAUGGCCCAUGCCAGCGCCACAGCAGUUGUGUGAUGUGCUUACAUGAACUCCACAGAGGAGAUCUUUCAGACUAGCGAUUUAUCACUGAGAUCUGAUACAAUGUUCAUUGAAAACAAAUUAAAUGGAUCAUAUUUACCUCUGUCAGUGCAACAAAAUACAUAUCUCCCAAAGACCAUCAGCAUUACUGGCAUCACUAACCUAAGAAAAAAAUAUAUAUCUGCUUUGAAUAUGUGUUUAUGAUGCCUCAGUAGUGUUUGUUUUAAAUCUCUUAGUGCUCUGGCUCUCCAGUUUCUUGGUGACAGGUUUUGAAAUCAGCAUGUUCUGUUCAUUCUGGCCGACUAGCAUGGUUUUAAAACACGAGAGAGGAAAUAAACAAGCACCUCGAUAAAUUGACAUUGAUAGUUCUUAUUGCAUUGAGGUUUUUACACGGGUUUGAGUGAUUGCACGUUGGGGUAUGAUUCAGAGAAUAAAAAAACUGUAAUUAUUAUUGUCUCAUCCAAGAUGAUGGGACCAUUAUCCAGAAGUGAUGUUUGAAGAGUGCAAUUUCUAGUUCAAACAAGCCAUUGACACAUUGCAUUCAAACACAGCAUUAAGGGAGAAAAAAUACAUAAAUACUAUAGAAUGCAUUUGGUAAAAUAUAUCAAAUAAAUAAUAGUUUGACCCUGUUUUUCUAUGAUUUAGAUCAUUGCUUUGCUGCUUCUGGCAGUCAUGAUUUUAGUACUUAGACAUUCAUAAAUGUUUUUGACUGAUUUGCAAACCCCCAAAUUAUGCACAUCAUCAGAUUCAUCAAUAUUCAUCUGUUCCCUGCCAUUGAAACAAUGUGAUGUAUUAAUGCAUACUAAAAGCAGCUUCCUUUCCCAGCACAGCAGUAAUGUUGGAUUGAAUAGCAAACACGUUGAAAGUGUUGGUGCACGGCAUAGCGUGCAAUGCUGGAAAGGAUAGAACCUUCAGACCACUGAGCCAGUCAGCAAGCCUAUGAAUGAUUCAAUGCGUUGAAGGCUCGCAUCUACGUGAAUCCUUAGAGGAAGUGCGUGAACUGUGCUGCUCCUGCCAACAGCUGCCAACAGAAACAAUGUAAACUUUUGGCUGCCAGCCAGUGGAGUGAAACCUCCAUCUCCAUAUGGAAUGAUGAGUAAACUAGUUAACUGUAGCAGGGCAGCAGAUAAGACCAAACUUUGUUAUAUUUUUUCCCAAAGAUUCUCCACCAGACAAAUCAAAGUCACAACACAAGUGGGUCUGGGCUCCUAUGUAAGGAGGUUUUUGGAUGACCACAAUCAUUUAAUUCAGUUGCCGAAUCAAGGACCUUUGCAUAGAGGCACAAGUGUACUUUUCCAUGUCCACAAAUAUGUAUUCAUCCCCGGAGCCCUUUCAGUUGAGCUGUUCUUCUUGUUUAUGUCCUAUAUCAGGGGACAUCUUCAGGCUCAGCACCAGGUACUCAUUCCCCUUUGCAGACCAGUUGUUUAAUCCCAUUUCUAAAUCAUUCAGCAUUUGUGGUGCUUGGUUGUCUUUUCUGAGAAUGGGGUUUUUUGUGGACGACCUUUGACCCUUGACCUAUGACCUAUAGAUUUGGGUAGAGAAUGGUUACUAUAAGAGGCUCUCUGUGACUGAUCUGAACGUGAAAGUAUCCUUGUAGAAAUUGUUGCCUGUGUUAUAUGAAAUAAAGAGCUUUCAAAUUAAGUAAUCUAUUUGACUUUCUUCACCAUUCA